AUGCCGCCGCCUGGCGAGACGGCGGCGCCCUUGAAGGGCCCUGCGCCUCCUGCAGGGGGCCCGACUCCGUCUCUGGAGCCCGCAGUUGGUGGCUCGUCUCCUGGCGCGCGGACGGCGCCACUCGCCAGGCCUGAACCGCUAGGGCGAGGAUCGUGUCCUCCCCACACCACGACCCCGAUCGACCCUCACCCCACCAAACUCUCUCUAUCUCUCCUCUCAUCCACAACCGCCGCCGCACUCAUCCGCCCGGUGAUCCCACCAGCCGGCGCCCUCUGCCCUCAUCCCCUCCACCUUCCCCCACCUUCUAUCCAUCUAUAUGCCCCUAGACUAGAUCGAGCAGGCGGGCGCUGUCAGAUCGGGAUCGGUCAUGCCCACGGCGGGGCAUCUGGAUCCACGAAGGGGAGUGGAGGACGACAGCGGCGGCGACGGAGGGCACGGCAGCGCCGGUGGCGGCGGCGAUGCAGGCGGUGCUGGCGCGGGCGGGGCGCGCGGCGGAGCAGUCCGGGCGGGCGGCAGAGGAAGACCAAGCCGGUGUCCCUGCUGUGGCAGCUCUACGACGCCGGCCACCGCUGCUUCAGCGAGAACUACAUCCAGGAGUUCGUCACCAAGGCGCCGCAUCUUCCAGAAGAUAUCCGGUGGCAUUUUGUCGGGCACUUGCAGAGCAACAAGGUGAAAUCGCUUGUAGGCACUCAGGAAGGUGCCAAGGAGAUGCUGGACCAAGGCGUGGAGGCACUGCGAGCUGAAGAGCACAUAGCUGCAGAUGCUGGAGGCCGGGCCGGUGAGCCGAGGAUUGGAGGUAGCGCUGAUUGGUGUUUUUAUGAAGAGAUAGGAUGCCACUGUUUGGUGUUUUUAUGCAUUUUGGUUUGCUUGUAACUGUGUUUGCACUAGCUGGGAGUAAGUGACUUGGCAAGAAGUGUAGGUGUUUUAAUUGAAGGCAUGAAAAGCCAUGCCAAUAUGUAUGCUCUUACAGGAUGUGCUCUAAUGCCGCUGGUUUAUUAUAAAUCUUGGAUUAGUAAUGAUGUGUA